AUGCGAUUCUCCGCCACCACCCUCCUGGUCACCGCGCUGGGAUGGGUCUCCGCCGCGACCGCACACACCAUUCAGCUUAAGGCUCACUCACGAGAGUGUUUCCACGAGACCCUGCACCGUGAUGAUUUGAUGACAGUCACCUUCCAGGUUGGCGACCGGGAGUUUGGUGGCAGUGGAAACCUCGAGAUUGAUUUCUGGGUCGAGGAUCCUCUCCGCAACCGCCAAUACUAUAAGCAGGCUAUCUCCAACGAAGACUACUCCUUCACCGCACACGCCGACGGCAAAUACAACUACUGCUUCAGCAACGAGGGCUGGACCUCGAACUCAAAGGAGGUGUCUUUCAAUGUCCACGGAAUCGUCUACGUGCCCGAGUCGGAGAUGUCUGCGGACCCUCUGGAGGCUGAAGUUCGCAAGCUGUCCGAGGCUCUCACGCAGGUCAAGGAUGAGCAGUCAUACAUUGUGGUUCGUGAGCGGGUGCACCGGAAUACCGCAGAGAGCACAAACGGUCGGGUGAAGUGGUGGAGUAUCUUCCAGCUGGCUGUGGUGAUCGGAGAGGGUAUUUUCCAGGUUUGGUGGCUGAAGCGCUUCUUCGAGGUCAAGCGUGUCGUCUAA